UAAAAAAUAAAUACAGAGACUUUUCAAAGACUUUGGAACAAUGAAUGUCCAAUCUCCAACAAUUAUUUGGUAAUUUAUAGAUCAAACUCAUUCAUUAAGAAUUCAUUUUCCUUACAACCAACCAUUGAUAUGGCUAUGGCUAUGGCUAUGGCUAUGGCUAUGGCUGUUUGCAACUCUUGGCCUUGGAACCCCCACCGAUCACCUAUUCAGCUUUGUUCUUUCUUCUUCUUCUACUUUGUGAUCACCCUUUACUACUUUCCUCUUCAUUCAAUUGCACUUAACUUCAACUUCACCAAUUUUAAUGAAACAACAUUUCAAAAUGGCGACAUAAUAUUAGAAGGAAAAGCCAGUUUUUCCAACCAAGCCAUCCAACUCACCCCUACAAACCAACCGUGGAUAGUUGGUCGAGCCUUGUAUAAAGAUCCUCUUAAACUUGGGCACAUAGCUUCUGGAACACUGGUGGACUUCAACACCCAUUUCUCGUUUGUCAUUGAUUCACAAGGAAACUUGGAUUUUGCAGAUGGGCUUGCAUUCUUCCUUAUUCCUCAUAGUCCCCCUUCCAAACUCACACCAGGUUAUGCCUUCGGUCUUCCAAUCGUCCCCCCCAAACAGACUCCAUGUGUUGCUGUAGAGUUUGAUACCUAUGUAAAUGUGGAUUUACAUGUGGAUGACCCACUCAACGCAACUCAUGUAGGUAUUGAUAUCAACUCUAACAUAUCUAAUGUUACUGCAGUAUGGUACAAUAACAUAACGUAUGGGAAAGAGAAUGAAGCUUGGAUUAGUUAUAAUUCUACUUCGAAAAAUUUGAGUGUUGUUUUCACCGGAUACAAAGAUAAUAACAUAAUUGAAACUAGUCUUAGUUUUUCGGUUGACUUGAGGGAGCACUUACCAGAAUUGGUUACAAUAGGCUUCUCAGCUGCAACAGGAGAUUUGUAUGAGAAACAUAUUGUUAAAUCAUGGUCGUUCAAUUCGAGUUUGCAAUUCAAUGUAACAACUAGUCCUAGUCCCAGUCCAAGUCUCGGUCCCAGUCUCAUUCCAAGCCCCAAUGCUACCUCUAGCCCAAGAAAGAAAGAUGGAAACAACAAAAAUGCUCUGGUUGUGGGGUUGAUUGUUGGAUCAACUGCUUUGGCUGGUGGGUUGGCUUUGUUUGGCUUCAUCAAAUGGAAGAAAAGUAAAGCACCAGAAGAGGAUGGGGAGAUUGGCCCUGAUAUGGCCAUGGACAAUGAAUUCGAUACAGGUAUCGGACCAAAGAAGUUUUCAUAUACUGAAUUGUUUUGUGCAACGAAUAACUUCGCGGACGAACAGAAGCUUGGAGAGGGAGGAUUUGGUGGGGUUUAUAAAGGCUUUUUAAGGGAAUUGAAUUCUUAUGUUGCUGUGAAGAGGAUAUCAAAGGGAUCGAAGCAGGGAAUAAAGGAGUAUGCAUCUGAAGUGAAUAUCAUUAGUCGGUUGAGGCAUAGAAAUUUGGUGCAACUACUUGGUUGGUGUCAUGACAAAAAUGAACUCCUGCUUGUUUAUGAGUUCAUGGAAAAUGGAAGCUUAGAUAACCAUCUCUUUAAAGAAAAUAGCGUGUUGACAUGGACAAUAAGGUACAAAAUUGCACAAGGCUUGGCCUCGGCAUUGCUCUACCUACACGAAGGAUGGGAGCAAUGUGUAGUACACAGAGAUGUAAAAUCAAGCAAUAUGAUGUUGGAUUCAAAUUUCAAUGUUAAACUUGGAGAUUUUGGAUUAGCUAGGUUUGUCGACCAUGGAAAAGAUGUGCAAACAACUAAUGUGGCAGGGACCAGGGGAUACAUGGCACCUGAAUACCUAUUUACAGGUAAAGCUAGCAAGGAAUCAGAUGUCUACAGUUUUGGAAUUGUGGCAUUGGAGAUAGUUUGUGGAAGAAAACCCUUUGACUGGAAGGUCCCAGAAAGUCAAACGAUAUUGGUGGAGUGGGUUUGGGAUCUCUAUGCUACCAAUAGGCUUCUUGAAGCAGUAAAUCCGAAGAUAUAUGCAGAUUUUGUUCGAGAAGAAAUGGAAUGUUUGAUGAUUGUUGGGCUCUGGUGUGCUCACCCUGAUCACAAUCUUCGGCCUUCCAUUAAGCAAGCAAUUCAUGUGCUUAAUUUUGAAGCUCCAUUGCCCAUUCUCUCUACCAAAAUGCCUGUGCCAACAUACGUUUCGCCUCCAGUGAGUACUACUUCAUCUUCAGUUUCUGGCAACUUUAUUACGUUUUCUAAUACCGGUCGAUUUUAGUCUUCUAGCUAAUACUAUAGUUACCACACAGAUUUCUCUAAAUUCAACUCAUUCUUUAUAGUUGCAUCAUUUUUUUUCUUCAAGAUUAUUUCAUUUUUACCCCUAUACUUUGUCACGAUUUUCAAUGACCCCUAGACUAUGCUUAUUUUCAUGCGUACCCCCGUACUAUGUAAAUUACAAUCAAUUUCACCCCUAUCGUCACAUUUGAAAUGGAAACAGUUAAAAAAAAUUAUAUUUUUGCCCCAAAUUUCAAAAGAAAGACACAAAUACACCGUCUCCUACCUAAACUCACCCUCUCUUCUCUUCCUUUAAUUCUUUCCUCUCUCCAUGGCCCUAUAAGCGCUACCUCAGACUCUCUCUUUGUGUACAAAGUUUCACAAAAUGGUGACAAUGGAGACAAUCUCAGUAGCUCUAAGUCUCGUCGAUUUGAAGAAAAAGAGUCUCCAAAAAGCCUACGAAGAUCUUCAAUCCUACUAAUCUGUUCUCUCCUCCUUCAUUCUCUCAUGGUCCGACCUCAAUUCCUACUUCUUUUCCCUCCAAUCCUUUCUCCAAACCCAGUUCAUUAUUCUUCAAUCCCAAUAAAACCCUCAAUCUCAACCAUCCAAACUACCAUUAAAUCAAACCCAACAAUCGGAUUCACUCAUCUCGGUUUGGCUAGAGCUGAAAGCCUUCUGCAAGAACAUGGAUGGGUUAGGCUUGAGGAACUACAUAGUCGAAUGAGUGAGCCAUGAUCAGAAUUGAGCUUCCUAACGCACUUCAGCUCACUCCGGAUUCGGCUGCGAUGGUUUUGGAUGAGAUGAAAUGUUUCUAUAUGAAGAAAUCAGAGCUGUAUCAUUCAAGGCAGAAAUGUGGGGUUUGAAUUGGAUAUGUAGAAGAGAGAAUCUCUCUAUACAUAUAUAUAUAUAUAUAUUAUGUAUGUAUGUGUGUGUAUAACAGAGGUAUGAUCAAAGGUUAGAGAGAGAGAGAGAGAGAGAGAGAGAGAGAGUUUAGCUGUGUGUGAGCUAGUUUUUUAGUGAGAGAGAGUCCCAGUCCUGACAGUUUCUAUAUGUGGGGGAUUACCCUUCACCACCGUCGCCGAACUCCAUUACUGGCGAAAGAAUGACGAAAGAAUGAAGUAGGAAGUGAGGUGAAGAGAAUGGCUCGAAGAAAAGUCAAAAAUGAGAAGAAAAGUCUUAUUUUUUCUAUCAACUUUCAGAGCUUCGAUAGCAUGCAAAAAGAGGAAGAACAAGACAUGUGAGAUGUGAUACGAAAACUAGACCGUGAGUUGAAUCCAAUGACGUAAAAAUGAGGCGAAAUGAAGUUAUGACAAAAGAGAUAGAAGGGCUUGAAGUGGUGGUUGGUGAUGGUGGUGGUUUGCUAGUAAAUGGAUGGGUCUGCAUCUUUCUUUUGCAAUUUGGGGUUAAAAUGUAAUUUUUUUAACUUUUUCCAUUUCAAAUGUAACAAUAGGGGCAAAAUUGAUAGUAAUUUAAAUAGUAUGGGGUAUGCGUGAAAAUAAGAGUAGUUUGGGGGUCAUUGAAAAUAGUGACAAAGUAUAGGGGUAAAAAUGAAAUAAUAUCUUUUUCUUCUUGUAAUGAUUUGUGUUUCACAAGGCUGUAGAUAAUCAUCAAUUAAUGAGAGUUCAAAUUUCAUAUGGUAGUAAUUAGACUACAAAAUUACAUAAAUGAGUUGUUCACUUAUUUCAUUUAUAUUACUGUUGCGAUUACCAUUUGCUAAGCUUCUAAUUUUGAUCAAAACAAUAAUGUGGCCUACUGUUUUGAUAACAUUUUAACAGCUAAGAGUUUUAAUUAAAAAUAUAUGAUUUAAUUUGUUAAAAAAAUCUAUACUUUUUAAUUAUAUUGAAUGAAGUUACGUAAUAAAUUUAAAAAUUCUGCUUUAGUUGUUACCUAUCGCCACUAGCAGAUGGCUUGGUCAAGUCUACAAUGGAAAUUUGGUCACAUUCCAAAUAAAUGUAUGACCGCAUCUUUCCUCAUAACUGGUUAUUCGUUAUCUUGGGAUCAAGUCUUUCAAG